AUGUGGAAAUUGAAGGAAGAGAAUAAUCAAUGGAGCCUUGCUUCUAAAUAUCAAGUAAAUCCGGAUUUGUGUCUGCGCGCUAAAGUCGAUCACCAAUCUCAAGUGACCGUUGCUGCAACUCAUAACUUGAGUUCGACUGUUAAGUUGACUUUUACAUCUCAAUUUGGACUUGCUGGAUUGCCUGACACUUCGAACAAGUUUGGAGUUGGUCUCGAAUAUGCACAAUGA